CUAAAAUGUUUAUAAUGGAAGAGUUCAUGAUAGUAUUUAUCGCAUUAUCAGCACGCUAUUUAUUCGCUGAGCCGAGUAAUCACAGAUUAAGUUGUCUGAACUUACAACUAAUUCACAUGACACUCGAUGUCAGUUUAGACUUGUCGAGUGAAUUAUACCUUGGUAGUGAGGUACUAAGGGGUGGAUCCAGUGUUUCAUUUGAGGAGGGGGGUCCUUUUGAAAAAAACAACCAGCUAAAAUAAACAAAAUUUAAAUUUUAAAUGUAUCGAAUUAAAAUUAAUACUUUUAAAAUUGAUAAUUUAAAUUGUAGCACAUCAUAAUGCAUCUCAAUUCACCGUAUUUGGCAUAAUCCUUUUAAUUUGUGAUUCAAAGUAUUUUUAAAACAAAUUGCCGUUUUGUGGAACCAUUAAAAAAUGCAAUAACUUCUUUCAAUAUGCUGAUAGUUUUGCGGGCAGAAGCUACUUUAGAUAAAUAAGAAAGAGAAAUAUUUAACGCAUGAUUGAAACAUGGACAUUGUACAGCCAUUGUACAUUCUUUUAAAAUAAUUUUUUAAAUCUUUUAAACUUUUAACUAAUAUUAUAUACUGAUAUAUAACUAAUAUAAUACAUCAAAUAUAUGUCAGCCGGGGGGGGGGGAUGGCAAGCCUCUAACCUUCUAGAUAUAAAAAUGGGGAUAGUCACUCAACCGAGUGAAUAGAAAUGAUUUCUUUUUUUCUCGUUUAAUAAAAAUUUAAUUGGUUUCUUGAAGUCACAUGGGACGGUAUUCGGCCGAUUUCACUUUCUCGAUCGAGUGAUCGUCACAUGUAAACAAGGAAUUAUAAUGGCACCGCACAAAUAAUCGAUUAAUUUGCCCGUAAUUGUAAUACGAUGGCCAAGCGUAGGUUCAGUCACCUGAUUAUCGAUACCUACUUUUCUCCAGUGAUCCCGACGUCACCACGAGUCCAACCUUAUGGAUGCGGCGGUCGAUCAGAGAUCCGCAUCGCGCCCAGCCUCAAAGCACCGUUCAGUUUAGGAAAGUGAGACAUUUCCAGGAUCCCGUACCAUGGGUUAUGCGUUCGGUUUUAGAAUGUCGGCAUGCACUCAACCACAAGACUGAUUGUCGCCGCUACCGUUCCGAAGUGACCCUAGAUUACUAUCCACCGUUUAAGUACACGAAAUCCCAAAUGGUGGCCUUUCGUCUUGGUUUGGGUUGGCACGCGUCCGCCUUCUACAGUUACAGGGCGUUCUUACCAAUGUCGGAAUUGCAAUCGGCUGUACAUGUAUAGUAGAGGAUUAGCAAG